AUGAUACUGAAUGUAAAACAUAUCCUGUGGUUAUACUGCCUGUGUCAAACUGUAUCUGGGCUUGUCUCCAACACAUUACCCAUGGCGAGGCCCGUGAGUGGCUCCCUCUCGGGGAAGGUAGUUUUGCCGUGCCACUUCUCCACCAUACCCACUACCAUGCCCGCCAUCAACGCCAAUGGCACCACCCCCAGCACCGACUACCUGCGCAUCAAAUGGACCAAAAUUGAAGGGGAAAAGGAAUCCACAGUGCUGGUGGCCCAAAAUGGCAAGAUUAAAAUAGGCUCCACCUACAGGAACCGUGUGUCGGUGCCCAGCCACCCAGAGGAUGUGGGGGAUUCUUCUCUGACCAUGGUGAAGCUCCGAGCCAGCGAUGCCGGCACCUACCGUUGCGAGGUCAUGUACGGCAUCGAGGACACGCAGGACACGGUCAACCUCAAUGUCAACGGUGUUGUGUUUCACUACCGGGCAAGCACCAGCAGGUACACCAUGAACUAUGAGAGUGCUGUCCAGGCCUGCCAAACAAUAGGAGCCUCCAUUGCCACGCCUGACCAGCUGAAGUCAGCGUAUGAGGACGGCUUUGACCACUGCGAUGCAGGUUGGAUCGCAGAUCUGUCAGUUAGAUACCCAAUCACUAGACCGAGACCAGGCUGCUAUGGAAACCUGCAGGGGAAGCCUGGGGUGAGGACAUAUGGACCCCGAAAGGCCACAGAGACCUAUGAUGUGUACUGUUAUGUGGACAAGCUGAAUGGUGAGGUAUACUACGCGCCUGUGACCCAUAAGAUGACGUUUGAGGAGGCAAAGGAGGAGUGUGAGAACAGGAACGCCGUCCUGGCGUCGCCGGGUCAGCUCCACUCCGCCUGGAGACAGGGUCUGGACAGGUGUGACUACGGCUGGCUGGCCGACGGCAGCGCUCGCCACCCCGUUGCGGUACCCAGAAUGCAGUGCGGCGGUGGUCUGCUGGGCGUCAGGACCAUGUAUCGCUACAGGAACCAGACUGGCUUCCCAGAACCCAUCACCCAGCUGGGAGCAUACUGCUUCAAAGGCAUCCACUCCUGCACUGAGAACAUUUGUCUGAACGGGGGCUCUUGCUACAGAAGCGGACAUUUCCAAUCUUGCAGCUGUGCCCCUGGCUACAGUGGGGAUCGUUGUGAAACAGACAUUGAUGAAUGUCAAUCCAACCCCUGUCGCAAUGGAGGUACCUGCAUUGACGGCCAGAAUUCCUUCACCUGUGUUUGCCUCCCAAGCUAUGCUGGAUUGUAUUGUGAUGAAGACACUCAGACGUGUGACUACGGCUGGCAUAAGUUCCAGGGACACUGCUACAAGUACAUCCCCCAGAGGAGGAACUGGGAUACAGCGGAGAAGGAGUGUCGGGUACAGGGGGCACACCUCACCAGCAUUCUCUCCCAUGAUGAGCAGCAGUUUGUCAACCGUCUUGGACAGGACUACCAAUGGAUCGGCCUGAACGAUAAGAUGUACGAUAAUGACUUCCGCUGGACCGACAGCAUGCCCAUGCAAUACGAAAACUGGCGCCCCAACCAGCCGGACAGUUUCUUCUCAUCUGGAGAGGACUGUGUGGUGAUGAUCUGGCAUGAGGACGGCCAGUGGAACGAUGUGCCUUGUAAUUAUCACCUCACCUUCACCUGCAAGAAAGGCACAGUGGCCUGUAAUCAGCCCCCUCUGGUACACAAUGCCCAGACCUUCGGCAGGAAGAGGUCACGCUAUGAGAUCAAUGCUCUGGUGAGGUAUCAGUGUAAGGGCGGCUUCAUCCAGAGGCAUGUGCCAACCAUCCGUUGCCGUGGAGAUGGCCGAUGGGACAUCCCCAAAAUUGCUUGCAUGAGUCCAUCAAACUCCCAAAGGACAUUCUCAAGGAGGCACCAGAAAUACAGCCUGUUCAGCAGUAACAACUACAAGUGGCGGUCCGACGAGGCAGAGGCCCGACACCGUCCUCACCAUCGAGGAAGGAGAUUGAGGAGAUCGGUGAACAGGCGAAACAGAAGACAGUGAUCACCGUGGUUAGGCUAGGUUACGCCUGCUCACAAUCUGCACAAUAGGAAUGCAUGACUGUCACUCAUGUGGAGAUGGGUUUUUUUUACGAAUGAAAAAAGAAAAUACAUUUGAACAAAAAAGGAACAAAAAAAACAAACCCAAAGGAAAUGUGAAAUUUUCUUACCAUUUUGAUGAUGGAAUCUUGGAAUGAAGUGCCUUUUCAAAGAAUAUUCUGAUAUAGGGACACUAAUUUAUAACAACGCCAAAGUGGAUACCUUCCACUGGCUACUGGAAAUUAAAGAAAAAUAACCUCUCAUGAGUGUGCUGGGGAAGAACUUCAAACCAAAUAGUGCAUUCAUUAGACAGUCCUCUAUUUUACACAGACUGAAGAUUGUUCAACUCUUACAUGGUGAAAAAGAUACAGGCAAAGACCAGCUUUUGUGAAAUUAUUGCGCUUGUGUUAUGCAAAAGAAUUCAAAAAAUUUUCAAAUAGUCUGUGCUACGCAGCUCCUACCGCUCAAAUGAAUCCACAGUAACCAAUACAUCUCCCAUUAAGGUCCUCUCCAUAAUCCGGAAAUACAAUUUCAAAGAAAGAGGAUCUAUCCUUGGGUUUAACAUCAAUAGAGCUCCUGUUGUUAAACAUGAUUACUGUAUGUAUUUCAUGCAGUUUUUCAUCCAAGAUUUAAUCUUUACCAGAGGAACGGAGCAGGCCCUGAGACUAUUGGAUGGCACACAUCACUGACCAAUCAGAUUUCAGAUCACUGAAAGAGAAAAGAAACAUGGGGGAUGCCGAGCCAAUCAAUUUAGAGUGCUUGUGAGGUCAGCUUUGAACAAAUAACCAGUUCCUUAUCAUCAGCUGCAGCCUUCAUCCCGUCUCAUCCGUGUGUUGUAAAGAUAAAUAUACAGUUGAUGUCGGAAGUUUAAAUAAACCAUAGCCAAAUACAUUUAAACUAUGUUUUUCACAAUUCCUGACAUUUCAUCCUUGUCUGUAAUACCAACAUGUUUUAAAAGAACAAUAAGGUAACCUGCCUAGAAGACUACUGACACAUAGCACUCACGUCUUGUACCAUGAAGUGCUUUGAAUGGCUGGUCAUGGCUCACAUCAACACCAUCAUCCCAGAAACCCUAGACCCACUCUAAUUUGCAUACCGCCCAAACAGAUCCACAGAUGAUGCAGUCUCUAUUGCACUCCACACUGCCCUUUCCGACCUCGACAAAAGGAACACCUACGGUUGAAGUCGGAAGAAUACAUACACCUUAGCCAAAUACAUUUAAACUCAGUUUUUCACAAUUCCUGACAUUUAAUCCAAGUAAAAAUUCCCUGUCUUAGGUCAAUUAAGAUCACCCCUUUAUUUUAAGAAUGUGAAAUAGUCGAGACAAUGAUUUAUUUCAGCAUUUAUUUAUUUCAUCACAUUCCCAGUGUGUCAGAAGUUUACAUACACUAAAAUAGUAUUUGGUAGCAUUGCCUUUAAAUUGUUUUACUUGGGUCAAACGUUUCGGGUAGCCUUCCACAAGUUUCUCACAAUAAGUUGUGUGAAUUUUGGCCCAUUCGUCCAGACAGAGCUGGAGCAACUAUGCCUCCUUGCUCUCACACGCUUUCCCAGUUCUGCCCACACAUUUUAUAUAUUUAUUAAGCCAUUUUGACUCACCACUUUGGAAGUAUAAUUGGGGUCAUUGUCCAUAUGGAAGACCCAUUUGCAAUCAAGCUUUAACUUCCAGACUGAUGUCUUGAGAUGUUGCUUCAAUAUAACCACAUAAUUUUCCUUGAUGCCAUCUAUUUUAAUUUUCCAUGAUGCCAUCUAUUUUGUGAAGUGCACCAGUCGCUCCUGCAGCAAAGCACCCCCACAACAUGAUGCUGCCACCCCCGUGCUCCACGGUUGGGAUGGUGUUCUUUGGCUUGAAAGCCUCAACCUUUUUCCUCCAAACAUAACGAUGGUCAUGAUGGCCAAACAGUUCUAUUUUUGUUUCAUCAAACCAGAGGACCAAAAAGUAUGAUAUUUGUCACCAUGUGCAGUUGCAAACCGUAGUCUGGCUUUUUUAUGGUGGUUUUGGAGCAGUGGCUUCUUCCUUGCUGAGCGGACUUUCAGGUUAUGUCGAUAUAGGACUCGUUUUACUACAUAUAGAUACUUUUGUGCCCGUUUCCUCCAGCAUCUUCACAAGGUCCUUUGCUGUUGUUCUGGGAUUGAUUUGCACUUUUCUCACCUAAGUAGGUUCAUCUCUAGGAGACAGAACGCGUCUCCUUCCUGAGCGGUAUGACGGUUGCGUGGUCCCAUGGUGUUUAUUCUUGCGUACUAUUGUUUGUACAGAUGAACGUGGUACCUUCAGGCAUUUGGAAAUUGCUCCCAAGGAUGAACCAGACCUUUUUUUCUGAGGUCUUGGCUGAUUUCUUUUGAUUUUCCCAUGAUGUCAAGCAAAGAGGCACUGACUUUGAAGGUAGGCCUUGAAAUACAUCCACAGGUACACCUCCAAUUGACACAAAUGAUGUUAUUAAAUUAUGUCAAUUAGCCUAUCAGAAGCUUCUAAGGCCAUGACAUAAUUUUCUGGAAUUUUCCAAGCUGUUUAAAGGCACAGUCAACUUAGUGUAUGUAAACUUCUGACCCACUGGAAUUGUGAUACAGUGAAUUAUAAGUGAAAUAAUCUGUCUGUUAACAUUUGUAGUAGAUGUCCUAACCGACUUGCCAAAACUAUAGUUUGAAAACAAGAAAUUUGUGGAGUGGUUGAAAAACGAGUUUUAAUGACUUCAAUCUUCAAAAGUUUAUAUAUACUUCCGACUUCAACUGUAUAUGAAUAGAUAUUUAUAGAAUAUAUAAUACGUUGACAAUGGGUGCCGUUUUCUUAGGUCAAUGCAAAAUGACAAUUGAGAGAAUGUGCUCGUGAAACACUCCAAAAGACCUGAACAAACACCUUUUUCAACAAGAGAUGCGAUAUAAUUUAUUUUUUCAAGCUGCUUUUCCUCUUCUUGCUAUGCUAUUAUGUCAUCAGUGAAAUAUUCUGAUGAUGCAAUCAGUUGGCCUGACGGCAGUCUCAAUACUUUGUACAUGUAUCGUACAGGCUUUGCAGGAGACAGCUAUCAUCACAGUAUUAGUCAAUGUGAUGAAGAUAUUCCUUUACUACACACUACACUAAAUUGACCUCAUAGUUUGACAUUUAGGGGUCAACAAUGGACCAAAGUGUAGGGCUUCAAACAGCUGAUUAUGCCUUGUCCUCGUCACAAUAUUACCAAACACUUUGUAGAGAUUUUGUGUUGCACAAUUGAAGACUGUAAUCAAUUUGUGGAGUCCCCAACAGUUGUGCUUUUUAAAACCAUUCUUGUCAUGUAUGUUUCUCGUUUUGCCAGUUGUGUUUUAGAAUUAAAGUGCACAUAAUAACGUCUUAUAUUCAUAGCAUAACUUUUUAUUUUACAAUGUGAAUGUCUGGGAUGUUUGUGAUUUUUUUUUUUAAGAACAAGACCUGCUCUCCGUCACCCCUCCAAAAUAAUAAAUGUUUGUUCAUUUUACUUAGGCUCCUUUUUGUUUGUAAGCUCACCACCAUUACAUUCACUACCAGUCUGGUAGAGUCUAGGUUUCAAACCAUAUUCCAAACCAUGAAUUAAUGUUCAGAAGUAAGCUUAGACUUUUUUGAUCUGUUGGUCAACAUGACCUCUCUGUGUUAGUAGUACAGACUGGUGGCACUGUUGAACAUUUGGUGGCACUGUUCAACAUUUGCCCUACAGUAGUUGCAAGACAUGACAUUUACUGUUCAAAUCUUUGUUUACAAGAACAGCUACUGUCAAUGAACUGGGAUAGUUACUUUCACUUGAAAAUCUUGAGUAACUCCUGAACAUGUAUCCAGGAGGUACUCUAUUCCUGCCUGAAUGUUUUAAUGCACAACAGUGUUUAAAGAGAAUGGUGCAACAAAGAAACAUCCAGUCAACGGCAGUCCUGUGGGUGAAAACAGCUUAUUGAUGAGAGGUCGAAGGAGAAUGGCGACAAUUUUGCAAGCUAGCAGGCGUGCCACAAACAGACAAAUAAUGGCGCAGUACAAAUGGCGUGCAGAGCGACAUCUCGGAACGCACAUCUCGACGAUCCUUGUCAAGUACGGGCAAUUGCAGCAGACAACCACACCGGGUUCCAAUCCUAUCAGCUAAAAACAAGAAGAAGCGCAUCCUGUGGGCACGCGAUCACCAACUCUGGACAAUUAAGGAGUGGAAAUACAUUGCCUGGAAUGACAGCGAGUCCAAUUUACUUGAGUGGCCUGUACAGUCCACAGACCUCAACCCAAUUGAGCAGCUUUGGGAUGAGAUGGAACCGCCGUCCAAUCUGGUAGCAACUGUGUGAUGCCAUCGCGUCAGCAUGGACCAUCAUCCCUGUGGAAUGCUUCCAACACCUUGUAGAAUGACCCCAAAGAAUUCAGGCUGCUCUGGAGGAAAAGGGGGUCCAACCCAGUACUAGAAAGGUGUACAUAAUAAAUUGUAUUUUAAAAUGCGAGUGAUAUGACAGAACAAAUGAAUUAGAGGAAAUGUUAUGGCUACCAAUGCAAGACUCCAUAUUGUUGUACAGUUCACAAUCUAAAACAACCCCCUCACACUUUGAAGCACAAGUCAUCUCCACAUCAAAUCAAAUCAAGCUUUAUUUGUCACAUGCUUGAAAUGCUUACUUACAAGCCCUUAACUAACAAUGCAGUUCACGAAAGAGUUAAGAAAAUCUUUACCAAAUAAACUAAAGUAAAAAAUUUAAAAAAGUUAAAAAAAAUAAUAAUAACAAUAACAAGGAUGUAUACAGGGGGUACCGUUACCGAGUUAAUGUGUGAGGGUACAGGUUAACGAGGUCAUUUGUACAUGUAGGUAGGGGUAAAGUGACUAUGGAUAGAUAAUAAACAGUGAGUAGCAGCAGUGUAAAACUUUUUCCAUUCUGCUACCGCUUGUCAUGUGGUAGCAGAGAGAACAGUAUAUGACUUGGGUGACUGGAGUCAGCGACUUUCUAGCCAAUCGACGCUCCAUUUUUCACAUGUCCAUUUGUUUUGUCUUGUUCCAUACACACCUGGUUUUCAUUCCCCAAUCAAUCUACAUGCAUUUAGCCCUCUGGUUCCCAUCAUGACUUUGUGUGUAAUUGUUUCAUGUUCAUGUUUUAUUACACGCUUUACUUUUGUUAUGUUCUGUGUUUUGAGCUCGUUUGAUUUAUGUAGUGCUCUCGGUUUUGGAACAAAAAUAAAAGUGUGCCUGAUAACUAUA